AUGUCCCCCGCAACAUCCUUUCCCGCGGUAAGCUGCAUCCUCAAUCCAAUCGAGAUGAAGAACAGACUGGCUACCGCUGCGCCCAAUCUCAGUUUUCGUGUCCCAAGCAGCAGUAGCCCGCUGAUAAGCGCGUCGAUCCACAGCGUGACUUUUGCAAUUGCCGACCCAUCGUCGGGCGAAUGGUACAUCGUACCCUUACAAGUACACUACAGGCAGUGGGCAACAUGGCCCUAUGUUCAAGUCUUUUACUGGCCAGUCAUAUUAUAG